AUGUUGGAGUCUGUUGUCUCCACGCUACUAAACAGAGUGUUGGGCGCGUAUGUCUCGAACUUGAAUUAUAGUCAACUCAAAGUAGGUAUUUGGUCAGGUGAGGUUACAUUGCGUGACCUAAAGCUUAGACGUGAAGCCUUGGACAAGUUUAAUUUACCUGUAGAUGUCCUCGAAGGUUAUCUGGGUGAACUCACAUUAACGAUCCCUUGGAACAACUUGAGAGGCAAACCUGUCGUCAUUCAUGUCAAAGAUGCUUAUGUGUUGGCAGUGCCCAGAAAUGAGUCCACUAUGACAGCUGAGGAAUUGGCGCAACGAGAUCAAGAUGCCAAAAUGAGAAAGCUGGAGAAUGCUGAAUUAAUGGUGGAUGCCAAUGAACAUGACGCUGCCGAGGACGCUAAAAACGACACGUUUGCCAACCAGUUGCUCACCAAAAUCUUGAACAAUUUACAAUUCUCCAUCACCAAUAUCCAUAUUCGAUACGAGGAUGAUAUCUCCACAGAUCAUCGAUUUGCUGCUGGUGUCACUUUGAGCGAAUUAUCAGCUAUUACUACGGAUGAGAAUUGGAUUGCAAACACCAUCAGUGAGACUGUAAACACGAUUCAUAAGCUGGCGACAUUGGAGUCACUUUCAGUGUAUUGGGAUACCAAUGCACCUACUCUAUCACAGCAUCAAGACUACACUGCAUUCCAAGAUUUGAUUGCCACCAAGCACUAUGUCCCUGAUGCACAUCAAUACGUACUGAAACCCGUGUCUGGCACAGGCAGAGUCAAGCUGUUCAAGAACUUUGGUGGAGAAACGCCCAAAAUUGACGCCAAUCUCUUGUUUGACGAGCUCUCUUUUGCUGUGGAUAACGAGCAGUACAGAGACACUAUAUUGAUGAUUGAUCUAUUCCACUCGUACCUCAAAAAGCAAAAAUACAAGAAAUUGCACCCUCCCAACGACAUGACGCCCAAAUCCAACCCCCUGGAUUAUUUCCGAUUUGCAGGCAAUGCAGUGUUAUCAGAGAUCCAUGAACGCAAUGAACGUUGGACUUGGAAGCGUAUCAAAAAGAGAAGCGAGGACCGUAAAUUAUACCUGGAGUGCUAUGUGCAACACAAGCUGGACAGAGCAUCACCAGAACAACUGGAGAAAUUGCAUGCGUUGGAACGAGAGUUGAGCUAUGAGGAUCUCAGAUUCUAUCGUAGUCUUGCCAAGCCUAAAUUACGUAGUGAAAAGGCACGUCUUGCAGCGAUUGAAAAGAGACGCAAAGAAGAAGCUGCUGCCAACAGGGCAAAGCAGGGCUGGGGCAUCAGUAAAUGGUGGUAUGGUACAGGUGGUAAUCCAAACAACAAUGCUGCUCAUGAUGAAGCGUUGAAUGAAGAUCUUGUUAUCACUGAAGAGCAGAAGCUCGAGUUUUAUGAUGUCAUUGACUACGAUGCUGAUAAAGCAGCUAUUGCUGCAUCCAUCGAUUUACCCAAAGAUACCAUGCUAUUGUCGUUGACGACAUCACUGAACAAGGGCUCUUUUACCGUGCGCAAAUAUCCUCAUGACAAGCCAUCCGAUCUCGUCUCGCUCAUCUUUGACAAUGUCAGUCUGGGCAUGAUCCAAUACGUUGAAUCCUUUACAGCUACUGCUGCUUUGGGUGACCUCUGCCUCUACGAUGGUAUCCGUGUGGACUCUCCUUAUUACAAGCUCAUGGGAGCCAAGGACAAGGACAAUGCAACAGACGAGGAAAAGCUCAAAAAGCGCAGAAAAUCGUCCUCAGCAGCUGAAAUACUGUCUCAAGCAACAAUCCAAGAUCCCUUCUUUACGGCCAAGUUCGAGCACAAACCACUGGAUAACCGAGCCGACAAUGCGGUUGCCCUGUUUAUGCGCAACAUUGAUAUUGUCUACAAUCCGCUUGUGAUUCAUGAGAUUGUGGAUUUCUUUAAGCCGCCUGAAACCAGUGCCGACAGUAUCAAUGCUUUGAUUGAAGUAGCGGGUGAUACGUUGGAAGACAUCAAGAACCAGACCAGAGCCAGUCUUGAGUUCGCCCUGGAUCAGCAUACCACCUUUGACUUGCAGAUUGAUAUGGAUGCGCCUGUCAUCAUUAUUCCUGAGGACUGCACGUCUAUUACAUCGCGUGGUAUCGUCAUGGAUGCUGGCCAUAUCAAUGUCGAAAGCAAAUUGGCACCUCCUGAUGCCUUGAACAUGUUGAAAUCCAAAGCAGCUGCCGACAUGACGAUUGACGACAAUAUGAAGCUGCGUGAGCUCAUGUACGACAAAUUUACGGUUCAGUUGACACAGACCAAAAUUCUGGUGGGCUCCAUUGAGACGUGUUUGGUGCAAGUGCGUACACCGCGCGAGGAACUGCGCUACCUCCAUCUGGUGGAUCGCAUUGAUAUGACGUUUUUGGCAGAGCUAUGCAUCAUUCGCAAGUCGGUUGAAAUGCCUCGAUUCAAGGUAUCCGGUCAUUUGCCUUUGCUCAAGGUCAACUUUUCAGACACCAAAUACCGUGGCAUCAUGCAACUCCCUCGCUUGAUUGACGCAUCCGGACUUUUGGGCGAUAAGAAGGCUGAUCAAGACGAUAUGCUGAUUGGCAGUGAUUAUGCCAGCAUGAACAAGAAGAACCAGGUGGAUCAACGAUGGUUCAAUCUGAUGAAUACGCCUCUGUGGAGCAAGAGUAAAGAUGAUGUGUUUGUGGAUACAGACAGUGAACACAGCAACGACGACAAGGAAGAAGAUGCGUCUCUUGCGGACACAGUCGAAACGGAAGCUACAGAGAUCACUGGUUCCAACAAGACAAGCAAGCGUACUGGCAGCAAAGACAUGGUCAAUAUGGAGGAGCGUAUGUUUGAAUUGAAUUUCAAGGUGGACCGUGUGCUGGCCAAUGUUUUAGAAGCAACACAGCACGACGACAAGACCGAUGUGCCAGAGACACUUUUAUGUGAGGUGGAUUUGCAAAACCUGGUACUGGGCUACAGUAUGCGCCCUAUGGAUAUGACGGUGCAUCUCACCUUGCAAUCACUGGAUGUCACAGACCGCAUGAAGCAUGGCAAUGAGUUCAAGUAUUUGGUGACAUCAGAUCAAUAUGCACUGCAGCCAGGCCAAAGCCAUGGUCAUGACGAGCAGCUCAAAAACUUGGUCAACGUGGAAUACGUGCGUUGCGACAAGACUAGCCCUGAGUAUGUAACCAAGUACAAGGGCAUUGAUCAGACGGUGCAAGUGACCCUGUCUACAUUGAAUUUUGUAGUUACAAGAAGCUCUGUUUUGCAGUUGCACAACUUUAUCUUGCACACAUUUGUGGAUGAAGAGGUAUCUAGCACAUCUACUGCUCCUACUCCUCGCAGACAGUCAGUCUCUACACCAACAGCAGCACCCUCUAUUGCACCUGUCGCCACUACCAAGGACAGCAGCAGCAUCUAUGUGCGUCUCUUGUUGGACAGUGUCAAUUUUGUCCUAAACAACGAUGGUGUUCGUCUAGCCACAGGUGAACUGUCAUUAGGUGACUUAUCUACUAUCAUUCUGGAUGGCCAGGUGAAUGUCGCUGCCAAGUUUGCCAACUUUACAUUGACAGACAACUUGACAUCCACCCACAACAGCCCACAGCAUUCCACCAGCAACCAAUUAUUGACCAUUCAAGGCGACGAGCUGAUUGAUUUGCGCUACAAUUCAUACGUCAAUGAUGGUCGCGAGGGCUAUCCUGGCUAUGAUCAUGCGCUGUACGUUCGUAUGGGCUCAGCGCAGUUUAACUUUUUGGAGCAGCCUAUCCAUCAAUUCAUGGACUACCUUAGUAAAUUUGCAGAGAUGAAGUCUACUUAUGACAUGGCGCGUCAAGCAGCACUCGAGUCAGCACAGCAAUUGGGCCAAGCAGCGACCAAGAUGCAUUUCGACGUGGUGAUUGAGACACCUGUUGUCCUGUUCCCCGAGAACCAUCAGCAUGCGUCUGAUGUGGUGGUGGCUCAUUUGGGUGAAAUCUGGGCUUCCAACUCGUUUGUGGAUGAAUCUGAUGGCUGUAUUAAUACCAUCCAGGCUGGCUUGCGUGCCAUCAAUUUGACCUCCAAGUUCAACAUUGCUCAACAACUGCAAACACUGCCAAUUGUUGAUGACAUUGAUUUGAAUUUGGAUAUCAAGAUUCCUCAAGAAACGAGCAAGACGCGUCCCCAUGUUGAUAUUUGUGGUAGUAUCGAGGACGUUACCAUGCGUUUGACAGAGAGACAGUACGUGUUCCUGAUGGAUGCGAUCAAUAUGUUUUCUCGCGUCUUUUCCAGUCCUGCUGCUGAAGAAGAGGAAAAUGCCGAGACAUCUGUACCUGAGAAAACUACUGACACGAUCAAGUCGAUCAAGGAGAGCUCUACUAGCAGCAACAAGAAGGCCAUUGAGAUGUUUACAGAGACCAAUAAAUCGCACGAUUUGCCUCGCAUUCAAAUUACCCUGGACGCCAAGACCAUUGGAUUGGAGAUCUACAAGAACAAUAACACGGAUACAGAGACCAAGCAUAUCCAGAAACCCGACAGUCUGGCUCGCAUUGCACUGAACAAUACGCACGUCAACUUCCACAUGUACAACGACGACUCCAUGGACGUUCAUUUGGUGGUUCAUGCGCUCACUGUGGAUGAUACACGACCUGGCAUCAACAGCAAGUUCAAGCAUAUUGUACCUGUGAUUGAAGACGGCCAUCAAUUUGAGCUUCAGUUGGACCUCAAGGAACCUGAUCCUGUGCGUUCUGGUAUUGUUGUCAUGACGGUAAAGGAUCCCAAGGUCAUCUUAUCACUGGAUCACGCCUUUUUGUUACGCGAUUUCUUUACACUGCCCUUUAAUGAAAAAGCAGAAGAGCACAGAAGUCCAUCCACCACCAACCAAGAUCAACAGCAGCAAGGCAUAGAAUUGUCGUAUUUGUUGACCAUUGUCAAUGCGGAAUUUAUCUUGCUGGCCAACCCCGAUCAUGCUGAUUCAGAGGCUGUGGUGCUCUCUACCAAAGAGCUGUUGAUCACGCAACAAGCAAAGACAGCACUCGUAGUCAAGCAGAUGGGCAUGUUCUUGUGCCGUAUGGAUAUGCGCAAAAAGUCGACACUGCGAUUCAUUCAGCCCUUUGACGUCAACCUGUCCAUGAAUGGCAACCCCAAGAACGAUCAAGGUGGCCUACUGACGGACCUUGUCAUGAAUAUUGACCCACUGGUACUACGUCUCUCUUACCGUGAUGCCAUGUUGGUGACAGACAUCUUCAACAAGGCGUACGAGCUCUACAGUGUCAGCAUGCACAAUGAUGACACCCAGCAAACCACAGCUGAAUACGCUCAAAGCCUAAUCUCGUCUGCCAAUCAACAAGAUGUGGAGCGUUUGAACGAAAUUGCACUGGCACAAGAGUCCUUGCGUAUCUCUUUUCACGGGGCUCAGAUUGUGCUCAUCGAAGAGCUGCAUGAAACGCCCAUGGUGGAUAUGAACUUGAAGCCAUUUAAUGUAGAGGUAGCCAAUUGGUCAAAGGCCCUGUCUGCUACAGUGGAAUUCCAGGCAUAUAUCAAUUAUUUCAACAUCAAAAACUCGCACUGGGAACCACUGAUGGAGCCAUGGAGCUUUAGAUUGGAACUGGCUCGCAAUGCCUCCACGAAAAAAGAUCCUCUUCACGUCAAACUGAUAUCCAAUUCCAUCCUGAAUGUCAAUAUCACGCAUACCUUUUUGGAGAGUGCCUACAAUACCAUGCAUUUGAUGGACAAGCAAAAGAAUACUAUCUAUAGUGGCGAACGAGGCAGAGUGGCACCCUACGAAUUGCGCAAUAGAACAGGCUACAAUAUCAUGGUCUGGAAUUCCACCAACUCCAAGGAAGGGCCUGUGAUCCAAGAGAUCAAGGACGGCAGUAACAAGCCAUGGUGGUUUGAAGACUGGAAGACGCGUCGAGAAACUACUUCUUUUGCUAGUAACAACUUGAACGUUCAGAUUGACGGUGCCAUGUGGGAGAGCUUGCGGGAUAUCCAGCUGGAUACAGAAGGAGAACACAUGCAUGCGCUUCGGCCCAUGAUCAAGAACGUCCAACAUCGCAUUGUGUUUGAUGUCAAACUGGUGGACAAUAUCAAGAUUGUCACGAUUCGUUCUUCACUGGUCGUUGAGAACAGAACACUGCUGUCCGUCGAUGUGGCCUCCAUUGAUCCCAGUGGUAAAAUGGACGGUGCUGUCAAGAAGGUGGCACCCGGAGAGGAUUAUGCAAUUCCUAUUGAAAAGGCGUAUACCAAUCGAUUCUGCAUUCGCCCGGAUGCUGGAUUUGGUUAUCGUUGGACUGAAAAGGCAUUCCACUGGAAGGACUUUGCAAGCCCUGCUAAACCUCAAAGCACAUUUAGCUGUCUAGCAGAAGACGCUGACAACAACAUGCCGCCAUUUAUCUUCCAGAUCAACGCUCGCUUGGACAAGAAGAGUAUCCUGUUUGGCCAAUAUCCAGUCAUGGGCAUCCGACUCAGCGCUCCCAUCGAAAUUGAAAACUUGCUGCCGUUUGACUUCAACUUUCGCAUUGUCGACAAGACCUCUGGACAGGACUUCAGUUCAUAUCUGCGUAAGGGAGGUGUUACGCCUAUCCACGUGAUUGAAAAUGGCCAUUUGGUGCUGUUGAACGUUGAAAUGCCUGACACAGAGUACAAACGCAGUGAAUACGCCAUCAUUAGCACCAAACGCACUGAUGAUUUGGACAUUGAUCAUUCAAUUGAGUUGGUGAACCGCAAGGACAAGAGCAAACUCAACAUUCGUAUCAAUACACUGGACAUUCCAGAUUCGGGUGGUGCUAAAAAGUACAGCAUCUUUAGUCCUUACAUCAUCAUCAAUAAGACUGGGCUACCCAUUAGUUUCAAAGAGAAGCCUGCCUGGGCUGAAGCUCUGUAUUCUGCCGGAGAGACGGUGACCAUGUGCAAGCCUGGACCCAAACCGGAGCCCUUUAUGUACUCGUACCCUCAUGUCGACAACCGCAACAGAACGUUGAUUCAGGUGGAUAAAUCAGACUGGAGUCAGCCUCUCAGUUUUGAAGCCAUUGGCAGUGUUUAUGAUGUGGCUUUACCUAACGCCGGUCGCUCUGAAGAGAUCCAUGUUGGUAUCAAUGUACAAGAGGGACAAGGCAAAUUCAAGUUGACAAAGACCAUCACCAUCACCCCUCGUUUCGUACUGAGCAAUCAAACAGACGAAAAUAUCCGCUACCGUGUACCUGAGACCAAGAACGACUACAUCCUGGAAGCAAACCAACGUAUCCCGCUGUACAAUAUCCGUGUUCAAAACGAAAAGCAAUUGACCAUCAAGUUGGAAGGGUACAGUAACUCUUGGUCUGCUCCAUUUAAUAUCCAAGAUAUCGGCGAUGUGCACAUUCGAUUGGCCAACGACUAUGGUAACCAGGACACACUGAUCAAGGUCUCUACACUCAUCCAAGACGCUACUAUUUUUAUUGUGUUGCGCAAGGAAGCCGAUAACAACUGGCCUUACCUUUUGGUCAACAAGACCAAUGAGGACAUGAUCUUUUACCAAGAGGAUCCUGUUGUCUUGCGUGAUGAUUACAGCGCUGCACCUGUUCGCAAUCCUCGCAUCAAGCGCUACCGACUGCUGGCCAAUUCCUCUGUUCCUUAUUCGUGGGAUUUACCUGCUUACAAGGACAAGAAGAUCAUCUUGAAUAUUAACGGAAGAGAGCGAAGUAUCAAUCUGCAAGAAAUUGGCAACAUGCUGCCAUUUAGACACACGACACGCGAAGGGACACCUACCAUCACUUCUAUUGAUGUCAAAAUUCGUGGCUCACGUCGUAUCUUGGAACUGAAGCCGUUCAGUCAAAGCGAGAGUCUAUUUAAGCCUGUGUCUCAUAGCAGCAGCCAGAGUAACUUGACACGCGUGGAUUCUUCUGUCUCGGUCUCUUCUGCAGACUCCAUUGCCAAGGAAGGGUUCGAAGCAGCUGAUAUGGACAUGUCUGUCAAUGCUGUGUUCCAAAUUCAACUCAAAGAAGUGGGCAUCUCCAUGAUCAAUAGACAACUGCACGAACUAGCGUACGCUACACUCAAGGGCAUUGAUUUGAAACUGACAGAUUCAGCCAUGUAUCAUUCCCUGCGAUGGAACAUUGAUUGGGUACAGAUUGAUAACCAAAUGUACGGCUCUGUGUUCCCAAUUCUACUGUAUCCCACCAACCUGACAGACAACGGCAAUCGCAAAGACAAUAAGAUACUGCCUACCGUCCAAAUGGCUUUGGAUCGUGUCAAGGACGACUCUCAUGGCGUCGUCUAUUUCAAGUACUUUUCCAUCUUGCUGCAAGAAAUGAGCAUCGAACUGGACGAGUCAUUUGUCUAUGCUGUCAUGGAUUUCGUUCAUAUUGAUGAUGGUGCCACGGCAGGUAACGACCCCACCAAUGAUGCCAAGCUAUGGGAGUACACAACGGACAUUCCAGAUGUCAAGCCGCACGACAGUAUUGCCCAAAUCUACUUUGAGGUAUUUAGUAUCCAGCCCAUUCGCUUCGACCUCUCCUUUUUACGAUCUGGUCAAGAAGACGACAAGAACAAGAUGCAGCAAACAAACACGCCUCUCAUGUAUCUGGUGAAUGCAUUGACCAUGGCUAUUGGCAACAUCAAUCAAGCACCUCUGCGGUUCAAUGCGUUGGCUAUCGAGAACAUUAUGGCCAGUGGUCCUGAUUUGGCCAACCGAAUCUCGAUUCAUUACAGCGAUCAAUUGGUCUAUCAAGUGCAUCGCAUUCUUGGCUCUGCAGAUUUCUUGGGCAAUCCUGUAGGUCUGUUCAAUAACCUGAGUUCUGGUGUCGCUGAAUUGUUCUAUGAGCCAUGGCAAGGGUUGAUCAUGAGUGACAGACCACAAGAUUUGGGUUAUGGUAUAGCAAAGGGAUUCGGUGGAUUUGUCAAAAAGAGUGUAUUUGGUGUAUCCGAUAGUUUUACCAAAUUUACUGGCAGUAUUGGUAAAGGCUUAUCUGCUGCUACCAUGGAUAGAGAAUAUCAAGAUAGACGCAGAAUGAACAUGGCGAGAAAUAGGCCUAAGCAUGCGCUGGUCGGUGUGGCUCAAGGUGCUACAUCCUUUGCUAAUAGUGUUACUAGCGGCUUCUCUGGCCUUGUGACUCGUCCUAUGGAAGGUGCUACAAAAGAUGGUGUUGGUGGAUUCUUCAAGGGCUUUGGUAAAGGCUUGGUCGGUGCAGUAACUAAACCAGUGGUCGGCGUGUUUGAUUUCACUAACAAUAUCACUGAAGGCAUCCGCAACACCGCUACGCCUACAGACACCAACAUGAUUGAACGUGUGCGCUAUCCUCGUUACAUUGGCACAGAUGGUUUACUGAAACCCUAUUCCUUACGAGAGGCUAUUGGACAACAUUGGCUCAAAGAUGUGGAUGGAGGCAAAUACAUGGAUGAUACGUACAUUGCUCAUUGCCAUGUCCAAAACGAUGAACGGGUAGCCAUGUUGACUACCACACGUGUCAUGCUGAUUCGUACGCGUAAAUUGUCUGUAGAAUGGCAAGAACCCUUUACAGAGAUUCAAACCAUCAAACGUGAACCUACGGGUAUCGCCAUUUAUCUCAGAAGUAUGAGCUGGGAGCCCUUCCUCAUCAUCUCGGAUAAACAUAGCAGAGAAGACUUUUUCAAAAAGAUUGAAGAGGCAGUAAUCAAGUACAACUCUACUCGUCGUCCAAAUCAAUAA